AUGGGGGAAGACCAGGAGGAGAGGGUCCCAUGGGGGAAGACCAGGAGGAGAGGGUCCCAAAAGGGAAGACCAGGAGGAGAGGGUCCCAAGAGGGAAGACCAGGAGGAGAGGGUCCCAUGGGGGAAGACCAGGAGGAGAGGGUCCCAAGAGGGAAGACCAGGAGGAGAGGGUCCCAUGGGGGAAGACCAGGAGGAGAGGGUCCCAUGGGGGAAGACCAGGAGGAGAGGGUCCCAAAAGGGAAGACCAGGAGGAGAGGGUCCCAUGGGGGAAGACCAGGAGGAGAGGGUCCCAAAAGGGAAGACCAGGAGGAGAGGGUCCCAUGGGGAAGACCAGGAGGAGAGGGUCCCAAGAGGGAAGACCAGGAGGAGAGGGUCCCAUGGGGAAGACCAGGAGGAGAGGGUCCCAAAAGGGAAGACCAGGAGGAGAGGGUCCCAAGAGGGAAGACCAGGAGGAGAGGGUCCCAAGAGGGAAGACCAGGAGGAGAGGGUCCCAUGGGGGAAGACCAGGAGGAGAGGGUCCCAAGAGGGAAGACCAGGAGGAGAGGGUCCCAUGGGGGAAGACCAGGAGGAGAGGGUCCCAAGAGGGAAGACCAGGAGGAGAGGGUCCCAUGGGGGAAGACCAGGAGGAGAGGGUCCCAUAGGGGAAGACCAGGAGGAGAGGGUCCCAAGAGGGAAGACCAGGAGGAGAGGGUCCCAAGGAGGAAGACCAGGAGGAGAGGGUCCCAAGGAGGAAGACCAGGAGGAGAGGGUCCCAUAG